AUGGAAGAGAAGAAUGUGAAUGUGCCAGUUGAAGAUGUUUCUGCCCAAUCAAAAUUGAAUCAAGUACAAACCCAAGCUUUCAAUACCAUUAUGAAAAGGGUCAACUCAGAAACACCAGGUUCGUUCUUUGUAGAUGGGCCUGGGGGAACCAGAAUGACUUUCCUGUAUCGAGCAUUACUUGGCAAGGUUAGAUUAGAGGGUAUGAUAGCAUUGGCAUCUGCAACCAGUUGUGUGGUAGUGGCAAUAUUGCUUGGAAGCCGUACACAACACUCAAGGUUUGGGAUACCCCUACAAGCAAAUGAGACAAAAAUGACAAAUAUGUCAAAACAAGGUGGAGGUGCUAAACUAUUUAGACUAGCCAAAAUCAUAAUAUGGGACGAAGCACCCAUGGCUAAGCGGCACACAAUUGAAACAGUCAAUAGAAGCUUUCGCGAUAUAAUGGAUAAAGAUGCACCUUUUGGAGGUAAAGUCAUGGUGUUUGGCAGCGACAUCCGUCAAGUUCUUCCUAUUGUACCAAAAUCUACAGUACGGAGACGGUAG